AUGACAGACGUGAGAGAAACAGAAUUGUUUGUUGAGCUGAAGAAUUUUCAUGGCAUUGAGGAUGAAAGGCCAUCAGUUGGAACAACAGGUCCACAGAAGAUGGCUUCUGGGCUCCUGUCUGUCACCCUCAAAUCUGUGGCUGCAUCCAUUGGGGAGAAACCUCCACUUACAAAGAAACUGCCAGCUGCUACUAUGGGUUCUCCUCUACCUAUAUUGCUUGAUGAUGAGAUGGCAACUUUGAUGGACAUUGGAAUUGGCAAUGAUUCAACUAUUCUUGUGGAUGAAGAGAGUUAG